UAUUUAAGAAAAAAAAGGAGAGAGACAAGAAUUUGACACAGAAAGGGAAAGGGCGGGAAAAUUCUCAGGCAACAGGGAGUGAAGCGAAGCAGCAUUGCAAAUGUCCGGCGGCGGUCGGAGCAUCACAGCUCUGAACGUGGCGGAGAAGCCGUCGGUGGCGAAGUCGGUCGCCACCAUCCUCUCCCGCAACCACCAAGGCUUCCGCGUGAGGGAAGGCCGUUCCCGUUACAACAAGAUCUUCGAGUUCCCUUACUCCAUCAAUGGCGUUGCCGUCCAAAUGCUCGUCACCUCCGUCACCGGCCACCUCAUGGAGAUCGAAUUCGAAGAUCGAUUCCGCAAGUGGCAUUCUUGCGACCCCGCCCACCUCUUCCAAGCGCCUAUCCGCAAGUCCGUCCCCGACGACAAGCUCGACAUCAAACGCACCCUCGAGGAUGAGGCUCGCCGCUGCCAGUGGCUUAUCCUCUGGCUCGACUGCGAUCGCGAGGGCGAGAACAUCGCUUUCGAGGUCAUCAAUGUCUGCACCGCGGCCAAUCCUCAUCUCACCCUACGCAGGGCACGUUUCUCUGCCUUGAUCGAUAGGGAAAUCCAUGAGGCCGCGCAGAAUCUUGUUCAGCCUAACAAGUUCUUCGCUGAUGCGGUGGAUGCUCGUCAAGAAAUAGAUCUUCGAAUUGGUGCUUCUUUCACCAGGUUUCAGACUAUGUUGCUGAGGGAUGCGUUUGUUAUUGAUUCUGCAACUGAUGACAGGAAUCUUGUUCUAAGUUAUGGUCCUUGUCAGUUCCCCACGCUUGGAUUCGUUGUUGAACGUUAUUGGGAAGUACAAUCACAUGAACCCGAAGAGUUUUGGGCUAUCAACUGUUCACACAGAUCAGAUGAAGUCAUUGCUACGUUCAAUUGGAUGCGUGGACAUUUGUUUGAUUACACUUGUGCAGUUGUAAUAUAUGAGAUGUGUGUCGAGGAACCAACUGCAACCGUCACAAAUGUUAGAAAGCAGGAAAAACUUAAGUAUCCUCCGUAUCCUUUGAAUACCAUCGAGCUCGAAAAGCGUGCUUCAAGAUACUUCAGGAUGAGUUCUGAACAUACCAUGAAGGUGGCAGAAGAUCUGUACCAAGCAGGUUUCAUCAGUUAUCCUCGCACAGAGACAGAUUGCUUUUCCCAAAGGACUAAUUUGCAUGCGAUAGUGGAAGAGCAGCAAGGGCAUCCUAUAUGGGGAUCAUAUGCACAAAGGUUAUUGGACCCUGGUUCCGGACUUUGGAGAAACCCUGGUAAUGGCGGACAUGAUGACAAGGCCCAUCCACCCAUUCACCCAACAAAAUUCUCUGCUGGAGAACCAGCAUGGAGUCAAGAUCACCUUAGGUUAUACGAAUUGGUGGUACGCCAUUUCCUUGCAUGCGUCUCGCAGCCAGCUGUAGGGGCUGAAACUACUGUUGAGAUUGAUAUUGCUGGUGAAUUGUUUUCGGCAUCAGGGAGGGUUGUAUUAGCCAAAAAUUACUUGGACAUAUACCGCUUUGAAUCAUGGGGAGGUUCACUAAUACCAACUUAUGUUCUGGGGCAACAGUUUGUUCCCACAACGUUGACUCUUGAUUCAGGAGUGACUAGACCGCCACCACUUCUGAGUGAAGCUGAUUUGUUAAGUUGUAUGGACAAGGAGGGCAUUGGUACAGAUGCAACUAUGCAUGAUCACAUAAAAAAGCUGCUGGAUCGAUGUUAUGCGACUAAGGACGCAAACACUCGUUUCUCACCCACUAAUCUUGGUGAGGCGCUGGUUAUGGGAUAUGAUGACAUGGGGUAUAAAUUAUGGAAGCCAUAUCUUAGAGCCGUCAUGGAGCGGGACAUGAAAGCAGUUAGUGAAGGUGCAAAGAGCAAAGCUGAACUUUUGGAAACUUGCUUGCAGCAGAUGAAAGCUUGCUUUUUGGAUGCAAGGUUAAACAAAGCUAAACUCUUGGAGACCAUGGCAAUUUUCUUUGAGAGAUCUAAUAGAUCCAGUGGAGAUGAGCAACAUGGACCUGUAGAAGUUGUCCGGCCGUGUGGACUUUGCCACGAAUCAGACAUGGUUCUUAAGCAAAACCGGGAUGGAAAUUUCAUGGUCGGAUGCAUGGGUUAUCCACAGUGUAGGAAUGUUGUAUGGCUCCCUGGUUCUGUAUCAGAAGCUGCUGUAACAUCCAAUAUUUGCAACUCUUGCACUCCAGGUCCUGUCCACUUGAUUCAGUUUAAAUUUCGCCGCUUGGAAAUACCACCCGACUACAAUGCGAGCCAUUUGGGUUGCAUUGGUGGCUGCGACGCGAUUCUUAGACAGUUGAUAGAAAUUUGUGGAACCGGUACCAGGAUGUCAGCAAGAGGACGCGGACCCACUGCAUCAUCAGGCAGUGCCCAACAAACUAACACUCGACAAGGUGUUUGCAUAUACUGCCAUCAAACUGGGCAUUCUUCAAGCGAUUGCCCUUCCCAAGUUUCAGCCCCUCAAAGUACUAGAUCUCGUAGAGCAAACGUACAAAGUGGUGAUUCAUCAAUUCCAUGUGGUACUUGUGGAGCUCCGUGUCCUUUGCGGACUGCAAAUACAGCAAACAACAGAGGGCGAAAGUUCUACUCGUGUCAGUCACAGGAAUGCAACUUCUUUGUAUGGGAGGAUAGCCUCAGCAAUGGCAGUGGAGGAAGAAGUGUCCCGCGAGCAAACACGCGGGCCCCAGCUUCUAAUUCCAGCAGGAACGGUGGCCACGGGAGAGGCGGCCGAGGCACAACUCGGGGGGCUGGUGCGACUUUUGUGUCAGCAACAGGUGAUCCAGCUUCUGGCAGGUGCUUUGUUUGCGGCGAUCCAUCACACUUUGCGAAUGUCUGCCCCAAUUAG